AUGUUUAUUGGCAUGGCUGAUGCACUUUUCGGGCCAAUCACCACCAUUUGCCGUCAAGGCAGGACCAUCAAGUACAUACCAUGGACAGCCUUCAAAUUCACAAUGGCUGAUUGGGAGUGUGUAAAUGACACACGCACUAUCAUUGCAGAUGCCAACAGUAUUCAACAGUACUUCUCAUCGGAACAGCAACCUACUCUUUGGUGCAGAAUUCCUGCCAUCGAAGAACUUCAGACCGCAUGGGAAGCAAAGCUUACAGCAUCACAGUAUAUCCUGUACAAGGACUGCGAUUCAAAAGGGCUUGAUAAACUUGGAAAGUACUAUCAGAAGUUUGACGACAAACCAGUUUACGUCCUUGCACUCGUACUCCAUCCUUACUAUAAGUUGACUUAUAUCAAGAUGCAGUGGGGUGGUCCAGAAGAACAGGCAAGCGAAUAUGCAGCUGGCAAUCCAAACACUGUUGAUUGGCAUGAUGAAGCAUUGAAGGUAGUUGAGAAUACUAUGAAGGAGUACUCAAAGCACAGUUCUCCACCUGCUGCCAUCACUCCCAUCCCCUCAUAUAUGGACUUGGGUCCCACUGUUGAUUCCGACUAUGACCGCCACCACCACAUGUUAGUAGACCAGGCAUUGCGCGAGCACAACACUGGGUGGUGUGCAGAACUUCGACGCUACCUUAACAAUAUACCAGACGAUGUCUCUAAAGAUACUGACAUUAUUGAAUGGUGGUCGGUAAGUCACCCAGACACCUACUGUAAUUUCCACUGA